AUGUGCAUUGACUGCUACUUUCUCUCCCAGAGGCGUGCAACAGAUGACACGUGGAUCCCUCUAUACUCGCAAACGUGUCCAGUCCCCCUUUGUGCGUAUCGGAUCCCCAUCAUUUCGAGGGACCACCGAGAGUUUCUUGUCUUCCGAGCCCUAGUUCUCGCCUAUGCACAGCCUCCCUUUGUCCAGCCUGUCUAUGAUUUCUUUGUCUAUGGCAACGAGUUUAUAGUGAUAUGCAAGAAGCCGGAGAUGACGGUGAUUGACUUUGAGGUCUUAGAAUCGGGCCUCUACCAGGAGCUUCUGCAUAUCUGCAUCUACUCUGCGACAAUGGGCAUCUACGCGCUCCAUAAGCUCAAGAUCAUGGUUGGCUACUUCACCAUGCGGCACCUGCUAGUGAUGCCUGAAAAUAACAUCGCACUUUCUGCGCUGAGUCUCUUCCAAUACCACUGUACUACAUGCUACAAGCAGGACUACGACUUCCUUGUCCUUGUAGACAUGAUUCUGCGAUACUGUCUCCCGACGUCAUCCUACACUACAUACUCGAAAAGAUUGCCUCCUCUCUCUAAAAAGUCCUCCUGCAUGCUAGUCAAUGAACGGCGUUGCAAAGCAGUUCAAUUCGACUACGACGCUUACGCCCUUGGCCUCGAGGGGAUGAAAAACGAAUUCACAUCCGAGACGCUCUUCUCCUUCAUAAUCAACAUUCUGCAAACUAGGUACUGGCCAGCAAUCAUCAAUAGUCCAUACAUCGUCAUGUUUUCCAUCUUUCCCGGCCGGGAUACCGUCCACAAGCAAUUUCGGGUAUGCGAGUGCUCAAACACAAAGAGCUUGCAGGUAUACAAGGCUAUUGCUAAGCUGGAGGGCUACGGAUCUAGUGACCAGCUUAAUGUCUACUUUGGCAACGAGACUAGCUCUCCGGUUGCUCACGCCUCGGUUAGGGACACUCUCCCUCCCCAGUCAGUAGAUGACAUUGAUAGUGACACCGACUAUAAGGAGAGCUCCAAAACGGACACCACCACACGUAGCAGCACUGUAGUCGCUGACGACGAGUGCAAGGCAUCUGCAAAGUUGGAUGAUGGGUCCCUCAUCGACAUUCCACGAGCAGAACAGCAGGAGUCCCUCACCGCCCUGCAAAGCAAUAAUGUCAACACUAGACUUGAUGCAGCGGACCUUAAUCCUCUAAAACCUGCAAGCUACAUAAAUGAGAUGAUUCAACGCAUCCUAAAUAAGCUCGAGCGCACUCAGAUAUUUGAUCCUGAGUCCCUCCUGAACGCCCUGCACACAAUAUCCGCGCAGAAUAUCUUGAAACUGGAAAAGAUAAGCAGUGUUUUCAAGGAGAGCAAAGAGAAUAUAGAGCAACUGGCAACAGUGCUCCCCACUCCCGCCUUGCUCUCCAUAGACAGGCCAACAACGUUUAUGUCUAUCAAAAUCAAUCAGGGACCUGAAAUAGAGCUGGGAUAUGGGGUGGUUACCCAGCUUAUCAAAGGCAAGACCCGGCAGAUUUCCAAAAGCACAUCAAUGAGUGAAAACGAAGUCAUCAGGGCUAUAACCUUCGUCUCCGACAACAGCUUGGCCCUUCAGUCUGGUAAGGAACGGCUAGUUUCUGUUCCAGAAGAAAUGUUGAUCAUCCAUACUGGAUUUCAUAUCUGCAUAGAGAACGGCCACAAGAUCCGCAAGAGGGACACGCUUAGAUAUCACAUCGAGAACGUUGCCUACGCUGCUCCCGAAGCGGAGACGCGUCUUGAAAAGAUCAUCUGCACAAAGGAGAAGCAUAAGCGGCACCGAAAUGACACAACUCGCAUGGGGACUUCCAUGACCAUGCAGUCAGAUCGUUCAGAAGUCAUAGUAGUGGAGUCAGCGUAUGAUCUGUUUUAUGAAUCAUUCACCACAAAGAAAAAGAUACAAGCCACCUACGAACCCACUGAGAAGCUUGUUCUAGCUCUUCAGAAGAACGCGCGAGCCAUGACAGAAGAGCAAAAGAUUGAGCUCAUAAUGCUUCUUCGGCUCUUUGGAAUCAAUCUGCAAAUGCAUUUCUAUCUUCGACGAGGUGUGGAGUUUCCGCAUAACGCAAUCCCUGUCGUGAUACCAUUUAAUUUCGAGGAUUUGACGGUUCAUCCAGCGGUUUCUAACGUUGCAUAUCUCAUUGGCAGAAUAGGCUUCGAGCGUUGGAUAACUUUCCUUGAAGCAUUUCAGACCUGCAUCAGAGAUGGAACACUUAUGCCAGCGAUAAGCCUCUACUGGAGCUUCUUUUACUUUUCACUGUUUAGCCUGACAAACAACGUAAUUACUGCAAUGAGUCUCCUGAAGUUCCGAGAUUCCAUUCUCUUCGACGGUAUCAUGGACGAGCCACCUGCAGAUUUACUUAAGAAGAAAGACGACCUGCUUAGGAAACGCAUGGAGGCUAUUCCGACGAGUUCGUCGACCAUUUAUCCCCAGGGAGCCGUAAUGACAAGCCAGAAGUCCCACACUUUCAGUGAGACUGUGACGAAGGAAAUACGUUAUAACGGAAUAGAUCCUCUGCUCUAUAGCGAAAACAUCUUUAUAACUCACUUUCUUCUUCCGCAAACAGAGAUCUCCUUUGACCGUUGUGUGAAUCUCCUGAGCAAGAUAGUUUCCAUCUUCUUCAUGUAUGUUCAUCAGAACCCUGAGAUGGUCUCUGCGCUGAGUAACCUGAAUGGCAAUCUGGGGGAGAGCAUCCUCUUCAGGAGCAACGACCAGGAUGUUCUGAAGUGCCUUCGAGCGCUGAUGCGAUACUUGGGAACGUAUGCCUUUGAAGUGGUUCAACCAACCCCCGCGUCAACAGACUCUCUCGAUGUCCAGAAGCCCUUUGAGAUGGGCACGUUGCAGGCCACGCUCCCUAGCUCCACCACAAUGACAGUUCACUGUCAGACUCCAGCAAUGAUCUCUGUUCUCUCGGCCUUUAUUUCGUUUGUGGAUGCCAGCAUCUGUACCGUGUAUGCCACUGCACGGAUAAAGAACCUACGCAUUCCAUCGAUGAAGUUUCCACACGUGUUUAAUUUCCGCAGCGUGUUAGAUCCAACGUACCUCAACACUGCAGAAGAGGCAUACUCCCAGGCAUCUGUUUAUAUGGUAUGUCUGAGCAUCAACAUGCUCCUCCUCAACACGGCUUCGCAGUCCAGCACCCUGGAGUACGGCGUUCUUCUGUUGUCCUUUACUACCGUUAGAAACAUCUUCUCUCCAGAGGCGAUGCUUUUCCUGACGACGAAAAUGGCUAACCCAAUCCCCUUUUACAACUACGUCCCGCUGUACACUGACUUUGUUGAGCUUCAGACCCUGAUCAAUUCUUAUCAGGCUGCAAUCUUUGCAAACGACGAAAACAACGGCGAAGCUGAUUAUUCUCAGAUGGCGUAUGGCGGCGUAGACAUCAAGCGGGAAUAUAAGCAACGCAUGAUAACUCUCUUUAUGCAAUUCCAAAAGCCCUAUUGUAACUGCUACCCGUCAAUAGAGCUCUGCUCUAACUGUGUGGCUGAAAACGAGUUCCUCCGAUUAGAGUGUCAGAGCAGCAUAUCGUUCUUUUCGGACGACUUUUCCUUUACCUUCAUGGUCCGCCUUUUCUACGAGGCUUACUUGUCUCUCUAUAAGCGCCUGAUUCCCUUUUUGAUAACGACAAAGGAUAGGGAUGUUCUCUAUGUUAUGCGCACCAUUAUGGUGGAGAGUAGAAUCAACCCCGCAAGGUUCAUUUCCUUGCUGGAUUCUCCGUCAGAACUUCCUCGGACAGAUGAUGGAGAAGUAGCCGGAAAGGACACAGGCCUAUUAUUCGGACUCUCUGGUGUUUUGGGCCACAUCACAUCUAACUCUGUUGACACGUCCAUCGAGGUAGAAGUGAAAAAGUACUAUCAAGCACAUACACAAUACAAUGCUGCUAGCCCCAGAAAGGACGCCUCUGUUGCUGUCCACGGACGCUCCAUUAUUGGAAACAAAGCACCGAUGCUCCCCGGCAUUGGACGCCCCGCUGGCGUAGGGACUAUUUCUCAAAUCAAAGGGCCUGACCGUGCAGACGAGCAGAUUUCUGUUGACAAAGUGUCACAGAAUGACACGUACCUUACAAUCCUCAUUCGCUGUCUGCUACGAUAUUACACCAAUAUAAACCUUUUCCAGCCGACCAUGGUUCACGCUCUCAUCAGCUUAAUCACUCCGGAGACUUACGACCGAUUGCAACAGACAAAGAUUUUCCACCCAGAGAUCCUCAUAUACGUAGCAUUUAGCAUUAUGCUUCGUGCAAGCAAGCAGGCACUUGCAGAGAGAGACAGCGAGAAAAUAGAUAAGGCUGAUUUCGGGCUACUAACUAUAAAGUCUAAGAAGGACGCGCAACAAGUGGAUGGCCAUUCCGAUGACUCCGUUAAUUUUGUUAUUGGGGUCAAGGACGAAGACGAAGACAUAGAGAACAAUCUGGUAGACACCGUGCUUUACCUAGACGCUAAGGAGGAGGCUAAUUCUCUCACCAUUGUUUCUACCUGUAUGCAGCUGCUCAAUGUCCUUUUAGGGAUCUAUCUGGCCUUGGUGAAGAACAAGAUAUCUCUUCUUAUAGAUAGCCAGGGCUAUAAGCUCAAUCAGCAGAAAGAUCUGUUCUCCACAAAGCCUCCCAAUGAAAUACUUACCGUACUGUUCGAUAGGGUGAUGUCUCCUGACAUUCUCUGUUCUACCCUCCCUGGCCACAUGCUUGAGAGCAUUGAGAUACUAGCAGGGGCCCACUCUUUUUCCAUCUACAACGCUGCUUGGGGAACCAUACCCAUGUCUCGUAAUAACGUGGGAACCAUUGAUUACUUGCUCCACUUUCUCGAGCUUCUCAUGAAACUAUAUCAAACAGAGUACGAUGCCUUGAGCCUGAUUAAUAGCAUCCAAUGUGAACAUUUCAAUAUCACGAAGUUUGCAAUUGAUGACCUUGAGAGGAAGAAGCUGUUUCAGCGGCACCAGUACCAAACCCAGCCCACUCAAAGCCAAAUAUUGACGAUGUCGCAGUCUCUAACCACCACAGGAGAGUCUCUGGCCAACUCCCAAAAUACCGCUGCAAUUAGCAACAUCAAAGACAAGGAAAAAAAGGAGCCGUCCGUUAAGCAACUUCCGUCGGAACCCCACGAAGCCUCUUUGUUGUCCCAAAUAUCUGUAGACAAGAUUUUCACUGAACCUAUCUCAGAAGGCCAUGAGCAUAUUACAACGAAGAGUUGUCUAGUAUUUGAGGAGACAGAGGCAGUCUCUGAUUUCAUUGAAUCGACGAGCCAAACGAUAAAGGAGUCCACGUCACAGCCAGCAAGCGUUACUCUACUCAACAAAGAAUUUCGCUCAGUCACCAAUUUAUGUGGAGCUAAGCUAAUAGACAGCUAUGAAUACGAAGCAGCAAACACCUUGCUCCACGAAGGUGCGACCUCUGGAUCUUUCUUUCGUACCACCAAAAGUGAAACUGCGCUCCAAGUGGCCGACUCUGCAGCACCACACGCUUCUCCUUCCAACGCACGCAUCAACCUUCAAUUAGAUAAAUUAGGAAAGGACAACAGUACACCGAGCGACGCCCUUUCUUGCCAGUUAGUCCCUUUGGAAACUUUUCUGGAGAAGGGUCUAGUUAUUAUUCUUCAUGCAACAAGCACAACUGCUCAUUAUGCAUUUGGUGUCGACGGCAUCCUUUCCCUUGUUUCUCUCCUACGCCACAUCCGAAUUCCUCAGUUUAUGAAGGUCCUCUACAGAAUCCUCGAUCCGAAGUAUGUUAAGUUUGUUUGGAGGCUGCGAGGAAUAGACUUUGCUACUCAGAUGUUUGUGUGGGCCCUUACCGCGCUUAGGGAAUGCUGCAGACCCACCAUGAAGAUAACGAGGGGUGACCUCAACAUACAAACACCACGCGACAUCCCUUAUCCAUCCUUCCUACAAAUAAAGGACUCUGUCAUCUACGGAUCGAUAGAGCUAAAGUCAGAAGCACGAGAAGUCAGCCUCAUGCUGCUUGCUGAAAUGUCCUUGUGUACGGACUUUUGGAAAGAGGUAGUCAAUGUUAACUUCCUUCAGAUAGUUGACCGCAUUUGUGGUAACUGUCUUUAUUUCUACGACUAUUUCAACGAAAAGUUGACGGCGCAGAAGGAGGAAAUCUCAGUGUUGACCGACGAAGAAUUCUCCCGUGGCCUCAAGCUCAGUGAGCUAACAGACAUUUCCACCCUGCUCUGGAACGCCUUGCAACGUGGAUCCAUAAACCCGGAAAUGGUCCCCUUACUCCGUGUCUAUAAGCAAAUGCUUGCACACAGAGAUAAUGUGACCACCGAGUACGGAGACAGCAUUUCACGAAUACUGAUCCGCUCCCUGUACCCUCUGAAGCCUCUGUGUAAGAAUUACGGGUACAAAAUCAUUACAGAACUAGGCAAUCUUCUUGGAGAGUGCUUGAUUAUCGAUUCCUCCGAGUUGCGCAUGCUGAUCAUCGAUGUCCUUUACGCUGGGAUUGCAGGAAUCUAUCUGAAGGUCAAGGACCACUUGCACACGCGACUAGACGAGGAGCUCGGAGAGGGUGCCCAGGAGAUGCCACCGCCCGAGGAGGGGCCGGUUGAUUCCACGUCUCUCUAUCUUUCGCGGAUUACUGGCAACGUUCAGAAAGAUCUAAGUAGAAUGAUCAGCGGCGACUAUACCCAUAACCUGCCGGAUAUCUUUACAAGCACCGAGUCUGUCAUGUUUGACAUAGGCAGUUCCGUCAAUCAAUCUGCCUCAUUCACAACCCCUAUCGGCUCGAGCUUAGCAGCGUCUGGCGCAAUGGGGAUGUCUGUUUCUCUUAUGGGAAGUCUUAACCCGGCUACAUCCAGCUUUGGACGCCCAGGCAUGAUUCGGGGGUCACAGCUCAGUGCCACCAUGCGCGGCUCCGCUGCUGCACAGGAGCGUCCUCGUGUGCUGCGAGGACCUACCAUAGGCAGCGGAGCACCGGUGGCACUAGCGCCGGUGCCAUCUGCACCAUCCAUUGCAGAGCUGAUCAUAGCUCCUUCUUCAGACAACUUGGCCAAAUCAUUGUCAUCCGCAGGGUCUCACGAAGCCACUGAAGCCAUGGCGAAGCAGGACCAGCUACUUCCCCAGCCGCCAGUCCUUAAUCUCCCCCCAGUUUCCCUGCCCAAGAAGGAGAAGGAGCGAGGAAGAAAUAAGGGAAAGAAGGAACAAAAAGAGACCCAGGACCAGAAGACAGCUGAAAGCAUAGAGGAGGAAAUCAUGCAGGAUGCACACAGAGGGCUUAUCAUGACGGAAGACCUAUCUCAGAUGAUUGCGGCCAUAGAAAAGUCACUCAACGGGUUCCUAGCCAAUUUCACACACAUUAUGCGCCUAUCCGACACUGCAGCUCUUGCUGCAACAUGCAAUACUCUAAACUUUAUGUACCUGCUUCAUUUGGAUAUACUAAUGUUUACGAAAUACAAUCUGCCCGUUCUGUUGAUAGAGUGCAUGAGAACAAAACCCCUAGAGAUCAAGAAGAUCAUCAUUGACCUUCUCCGGCGCCUGUUCCUCAAUAAUGAGGUCCGAAAGGUCUUUGCAGAUAUUAACAGCGUCAAGUACCUGCGGCAAGCCAUCAAUAUGCACAGCGACAUAGAGUUCCGAAAUGCUGUGUCCGAUGUGAUUACCAUGAUUAAGGGAAAGGCAGAGUCGAGUAAGAAAGGUGACUAA